AUGUCUCGAGAAGAAAAUCCUACUCUCAAGGUGCUCUUUGAUACGGGGUUUGCUUUUUCGCAGGCAAUUUCUAGGAGAAUGGUUUUGUCUGAACCGAUUUUGAGGAGCUCGAGGGGGGGUGAUGGGUUGGACCUUGCGAAUGAUGAGGAGAGGGGCUACAAUUCUGCGGGAGUUGGGCGUUCUCUGACAGAAUCUCGUUCUCCGAAAAUAUCUGGCACCACGAAAGCCUCCAGUCUCGCAGAUACUCCUCGUCUUCUAAAGACAAAAGUUUCAGGUCCUGCAACACAACUUCUCAACGAUUUCUUUGCCGAAAUAGAUCAGAUUGAUACAUCUGAAUCAAUUGAAGCUUCCUAUGUUAAUGUUCUUCUACCAAGAUAUCGUCAUGCUCGUGAGAGAGCUAGAGCUGGAUCAAGACUCAGAAUCAAAACGUCACCUAGCAUGAACUCACCAAAUAUUCCUGAUCAACCACCUACAUCUCCAUCUCUUACCCAUUCUUUGAAUCAAUCAUUCGGCUAUUCACGUCCUCAUGUUAAUUCUGAGGAAGAUUUACAAGAUCUCGCUUUACGAUUUCAAGAAACUCAUACGGAAAAUUCAGAAUUCAUUAAUGCGGAUGCUAAAUUCAUUUCUAAUUCUCUACCAAAUCCGAGACGUAGAACUUUUUCAAAUUCUUCGAAGGUGUAUGAUCAAGAUUUUAGAGAUGUAUUAAAGAGAGAAAAAGAAAUUCUUGAAUCAUCACUUGGUUUUGUCGAGGAGGAGGAUGAAGAUGAGAAGAAUGCGAUUGAGAUUCUUGAGGCACUUUUUGGAGAGUUGGAAGAUAGAGAGAAUUGUUCUAGUGAGGAGGAGUGGAAGAGUGCUGAGGAGAUUAUUGAGGAUGUUAAAAGUAAGGGGGGUGAUAAGGGAAAGGGGAAGGUUGUUGCUACAGAAGUUGCGGGUGAUAUUGGUAUUGAAAUGGCAUACAACUACUCCAAAGAUAAGAAUCAUCAUCACAAUAUCGAUAAACCUAGCGAAAUCAACUUCUUGAAUCAAGCAGAAACUGAAAUUCGUCAGUAUUCAGCUCUGACGCAACAAAAUAUCGAAAGUGGAUCUUCAUCCAAGAAGCUCGAUAGUCUUGAGAAAAAUGUGGAGGAUCAAGCACAGCUACAAUCAAGGAUGUCAAAUGAAGACGAAGUCGUUCCUGUAUCAGAAUUUGGUGAGGAAGAAGAAGAAGAAAAAUGCACACAACCUCCUGAAGAUAUCGAUCUCCACAAAGACUUUUCUCCUAUUAAGGAAUCUCAAAAAAUUAGCGAAAAUUCAUCCACCAAACAGGAUCAACAAGAUGAAGAUAAAUGCACAAAUACCUCCAGCUCAGCAAAAUAUCACGAUACAGCGCUAGCCGAUAAUCAAAAUGUCGCAGCUGAUUUAUUUUCUAAAUCUACAACAAUUACUAGUAUUGAUAAUAGUAGUACUACAAGCUCAAUAUCUACUUCUACUAGCAGAAAUGAUACGUAUACCAUGAAAGAACAAAAACAAAAGGAUCCACAGUUUGAGAUGGCGGCGCUGGCGACGGGAGUUUUGAUUGCGAGUUUGUGGAUGAUUGAGAGGAGGAUUAGAGCUUUUUAG